AUGCACGCCUCACCGCACCUGGCCCUUCUCUGCCUGGCUCUGGCCCCCCUGGCCACUCCCCGAGCUGACGGCCAGUGUCCAGCGUGCGGGAGCCCCACCGUGGACCUGGAGAGUCAGCGGGAGCUGCUCCUGCACCUGGCCAAGAGAAGCAUCCUGGACAAGCUGCAUCUCAGCCAGCGCCCACAUCUGAGCCCGAGGGUGUCCAGGACGGCCCUGAGGACUGUGCUGCAGCGCCUGCGGGCGACCCCCCGGGGGGCCUCUUGGGAGACUGACAGGGGCCAGGAAUAUGAGAUCAUCAGCUUUGCUGAGACAGGCCGCCCCAGCACCAACCAGACGCGUCUCGACUUCCACUUCUCCUCCGACAGGCCCACGGGCGGCGUGGAAGUCCAGCAGGCCAGCCUCACGUUCUUCGUGCAGCUUCCUGCCCGGGCCGUGCGGGCUUUGAAGGUGAGGGCCCUGGUGGUGGGCCCGCAGGGUGCCAACCUCACCCUGGCUAGCCCGCAGCUGCUCCAGGUGAACGCUAGCGGCUGGCAGCAGCUGCGUCUGGGGCCUGAAGCUCAGGCCGCCUGUGGCCGGGGGCACCUGGCCCUAGAGCUGGUACCUGAGGGCCAGAUCGCCCGGACUUCGGUCAUCCUGGGUGGGGCUGCCCAUCGGCCCUUUGUGACGGCCCAGGUAAGAGAGGCAGGCAGGCACCGGGUCCGCCGACAGGGCAUCGACUGCCAGGGAGGCUCCAGCAUGUGCUGCCGGCAAGAGUUCUUUGUAGAUUUCCGUGAGAUCGGCUGGCACGACUGGAUCAUCCAGCCCGAGGGUUACGCCAUGAACUUCUGCACGGGGCGGUGCCCGCUGCACGUGGCGGGCAUGCCUGGCAUCGCCGCCUCCUUCCACACCGCCGUGCUCAGUCUCCUCAAGGCCAACGCGGCGGCAGGCACAGCCGGAGGGGGCUCUUGCUGCGUGCCCACGGCCCGGCGCCCGCUGUCCCUGCUCUACUACGUCAGGGACAGCAGCAUCGUCAAGACCGACAUCCCGGACAUGGUGGUGGAGGCCUGCGGGUGCAGCUAG